CACUUGCUAAAGGACAUAUCCUAGAUAAUACAGUUAGAAAUACUGAAGGAUGGAUUAAAAUUAUGGAUGAGUGGCGGUUAGACGUUAAAUAUAAUAAACUCUUAAAAAAUCAAAAUAAAGAAAUAAUCAAGCUGCACGUUGCACAAUUUUUAUGUGGUGUGACAACUAAGAAAGGCAAACCUUAUUCGAGAGCAUCAUUAAAAAAUGCCUUAUCAGCAAUUAAUAGGCAUCUGCAAAAUAUAAAACCUGAUUGGCAUUAUAAUCUGCAUGAUAGGAAUGAGUUUUCUAGUUUAUAUGAACAGUUUGAUGGAUUACUUAAAGAUAUGAAAAAGAAAGAGAUUGGUGAAUCUAAAUCUACUGAUGGAUUGACAACAAAAGAAAUUCAGCAUAUUCUGAAUUAUAAAGUUCUAGAUUCUAAUACUUCUUUAGGACUGUUAAAAUGGAGUUUUUUCUGGAUCUCUAUUCUAGGUGCAACUAGAGGUGGUGAACAUGUUAACUUGCAUAUAUCACAAAUUGUAGAUACGCCAAAUGGUAUUAUGUUAAAGAAAAACCAACAAAAAAAUGACCAAGGAGGAUUAGAUGAAAGUCAAUUUGAUUUAAUUAUAUCUUUUUCACCUGAUCUACCCA